AUGUAAUAAAAAUUAAGCAAUUAAUCGGUUGUUUUCUUAGGAGCUCAUGGUUAAGGGAAAUCAACAAUUGCUGGACUCAUAGUUAAAGAAUUAAACUUUGCCUCUCCAUAUGUUUUAGAAAGAAUAGAUUGCCAUCCAAAAGUUUAAGAAAAACCAGAUCUUAAAUAUACAUUUUUGAUGGAUAGAAUUAGAUCAGAACAGAAAUUAUAACAUACAUAAAUAUUUUCAACUUAUCAUGUUAACACAACAUGUAAAGAGUACUUUUUAAUCAAUGUCUCUGGAUAGUAUUAAUACAUAAAUUAAACGCAAAUUGGGAUUGCUUAUGGAGAUAUAGCAGUAUUUGUUUUGAGUGGAGUUAAAGAUAAAUAUUUGUAAAGUUUAACAUUAGCUUCUUCACUUGAAUUAUAACUUCAAUUAUGUGUAGCUUUGGGUAAAUAGAACAUUAUUUGUGCUAUUAAUGAUAUGGAUUUAGUCGAAUAUCAAUAGGCUAGCUAUUAAUUUGUAGUGAAUGAUUUCUCUUAACUCUUAGUCAAAUAUGAAAUAAAUCCAUAUUAAAUUUAAUUUAUUCCAAUAUCUUUAAAAGAAGCUGAAAACAUCAACAAAAAAAAAUAAAAUAUGAAUUGGUAUUAAGGUCCAACUUUAAUUGAAGCUUUAGAUAAAAUUCCAGUUUAUGAUCAAGAACUCUUAGCAAGCAAGCCUCUUAGGUUUGUUAUGCAUGAUUGUAUUAUAUAUUUAAAAAUUGAUUUCUUAAUAAUUAAUAUUAAUUGCUUGGUCCUUUUUAAAAUUAAUUUUUACAUAUUAGAAAAAAAAUAAAAUUAAAUAAAUUAGAUCUGUUGCCCUUGGAAAAUUAUUAUAUGGCACAUUAAAAAAAAAUUAAAUUGUAAGCUUUGCUCCAAUUCCAUUUAAAUCAAGAGUUAAAUCUAUUGAAAUUUAUCAUUGUUUUUAAGAAGAAGGAACUAUUGGUUAAUUAAUAGGAGUUCACUUAUCAGAACUUUCAUACAAAGAGAUUUCAAAUGGACAUAUUUGUUCAGAUGUCGAUAAUGAUCCAGCUUAAGAAUGUGCAUCAUUUGUGGCAAAGAUAAAGAUCAUGGAAGACUUUAAACAUUAGCUCAAACAAAAAUAGUAUUAUACAAUACAUUUCUUCACUAAAAGAAUGCAAUGUAGCAUUUUGAAGAUUUAAUAAAACUUAAAUAUAAAAAAUUAAAAUGAAAUUAUUGAGAAUCCUUAAAUUUUAAGAGCUGGUGAUAUUGGAAUAAUUGAAUUUAAACCAAUAAAGUAGAUAACAUUAGAAAAUUAUAUUGAUUAUCCUUAACUAGGUAGAAUAGCAAUUAUAGAAAACCGUCGUAUGAUAGCUUUUGGAAUAAUUUUAGAAGUAAAAAAUAAAGAAAUAGAACUAAAGAUUAAAUAAAAAGAACCCAAUUAAUGA